AUGAGCGACGAGAUUUCCCACCUCGAGUUGUCGCCCUCGACGUCAACGCUCAGCGGCGUCAGCGAGCCGGCCCACUAUCUUCCCAUGAGCGUGGGCCGACGAGGCACCGUCACUAGUAUUACCAGCAGUGCCAACGGACAUGCCAAAGGCGCGACAAAUGGUGACACUACACCCACUACCCCGACCCCGGGGGCGACGCCGCGCUCUGGGUCGUUACGAUCGCGUGCACUCUCCAUUAAUCACCAAUACCUCCCCAGCAAGGGGUCACCGCCGCCGCCAAUGCCGACGAAGACCGUGCCUUUGCCGUCCCCAGUGCCCAGCCGCAAUCCACCUCCCAGCUAUCACAGCCCACCACUCGCGGCCGAGCGUAAGCCUGUCGCACCGGCCCCGCCCGUCGUCUUUGCAAGCCUUAUGCUGCUCGGCCAGGACAAGAUCCGCAUCGCCGGCUUUCCCGAAUCAUGCCAGGAGCUCCUGAGAAAUGUGCUGAGCAAAGGGUGGACUGGGGUGGAGGGCAAAAGGAAUCCUGCGCCAGGCGUCUUUGAGUGGAAGCUUGCAAAGUCGCCAUGGUCGGCGGACGCACCACUCGCAUCGUUCCGCCUCAUCGAGUUCAUUCUCUUCUCACUGUCGAAGGAGGGAUGGAGUCUAGCUCUGUCCGCGGGCAUGCCAGGCAAGCAUAACGCGCGAGAUACGUUCUUCUUCAUGCCAACCGAGCGGCGGCAGCGGCGAUUCUUCAGCGUCAUCUUCGGAACACACAUGAUCACGCUGCUCGAUGCUCCUGAUCCGCGCGUGUGCGAGGCGUUUGUGCAGGCUUGUGAGACGUGGCCAGGAGGCGCAGGUUCAUUGUACUCGCGGGAGCACGGCGCCUUUGCCAUCAACAUGAAGCGCCUCGGCGAUGGUGACACGGCAUGGCCGACUACAGGUGGCAAAUACGAACACGCAAUGCCGCAGCUUAUGUGCGUUGUCCUCCAGCGCAUGGCGAUGGUCGGUUAUGAGUGCGUGACGACGUAUGAUGUCUUGGACCGGAACGCGAGCUGGCAUUGGAACGAUGCAAAGGGCAUCGUCACGGGAUCCAUGCCCGCUAUCGAUGUCUGGGUUUUCGCGGAGAGGUAA